AUGCGACUGACAGCAUCAAUAGGCGUUAUUAUUCUGUUGAUUGGAACUUGCGCGGCUAAUCAGGACUUCUUGAUAAAUUCCUUGCAUGAAUGUAUAAAGGUGGAAUCUUGGACGUCUUGUUUGAAACAUCAAAUUCUGACUCAUCUUGAUAACCAAUUGGGGAUCGCUACGGAAGCGAGGUCGCUCGAAACCGUUGACGAGGCAAUCGUCGCCAGGACCUUUAAAUAUCUCAAGAGUUUCGAUUACGGAGUUGAUUUACCUUUCGUCGAUGCUAAUUUAAAAUACAGACCUAGCAGAAGCCUAGCUGAUCUUGACAUUGAAUUUAAAAACAAUGACGUAGGUACGAGUCAAGCUCGAGGACUUUUGAAAAAGAAGCUUCUGCUACCAUUCUUGCUAUUGUUGAAGUUGAAGUUCAAGGCUUUAAUGCCUAUUUUUGUCGCUAUUAUUGGAAUAAAAGCUUUAAAAGCUUUGGUCCUAUCGAAGCUUGCCAUUCUUAUCGUGAUUGGAUUUGUUGCCAUGCAACUCUUCAAAAAAGGCGGCAUGAUGAUGCCGAUGGGAAUGUCUAUGGAACCGGCAUCGGCAUAUGGUGCUCCACCUAUGCUUUCGACGACGUCGAGCUAUGAUCCCGUCAAUACGUGGGAUGGUAACGGUCCUUAUUCCCGCGUUUGGACGCCAACCAAUAGUGUGGAAGCCCAAAACAUUGCUUACAGUUAUUACUCGCCUGGUAGUUCUAACUCAUAUAGUUCAGCAGGAUCCUCUUCAUUAUCCUCGUCUUCAAGCAGCUCAACAAAUUACAACUGA